AUGAUGAACAAGGUUAAUAAUAUUGAUGAAGGUGUUGAAUCGUCUACUGAUGAUGAUGAUAUCUCUAUCAAGAUGGAAGGCUGGCUGAAUGUUCCAAGAACAGGAAAAGCUGGUUGGGAGAAACGUUGGGCCCAGUUAGAGGGAACAUUAUUAAUGUUAUAUAAAGAGUGUAAUGAUGCCAACCCAGUAGAUAUGUUCGAACUUAGUCCUAUGGAUGGGUAUGUUACAGUACACAGCGCCGUGACCUACUCAGAACUUUCAGGAACUGCAGCCUCAGAUUUACCGUUUGUUAUGAGGUUGGAUCAGGAUCCUAGAACUACUUGCUGGCCAGGAAGAAUGAUCUACCUAAUGACCACAAAUUUUAGUGAGAAACAGCGCUGGGUAGCUUCUUUAGAGGCAGCUAUAAAAACAGCUCAUAGAGGAGAGGUCUUCCGUCGAAAUAGACUACAGAUGAAUACUAUCCUGUCUAUGUCCUGUUCAGAUAGAAAAGAGUUCAACUGUUCUUUAGUCCUGUCAAAACAGCUAGUAUUACUGGGAGCUGAAGAGGGGUUAUUUGCGUUGACUAUUCAAGAUAAAACAAAUGAGCUGAUACAGCUGACAGGAAUAUCCAGUAUACAUCAGAUAUCUCAAGCCUCUGGUCUGGGUUUAGUUGUUUGUAUCACAGGUCAAGACAGAAAAUUAAUAAUGAUAGAAAAAAAUAUAAUAAAAUGCCGAGUUUCCCAGGCUACCACACCAGAAACGAUUCCAGUUCCGUUUAAACAUGUUGAUGGUAUUCAGAGUUGUACAGUGUUUGAUGUUGGCAUGUGGGACGACGCCACCUAUCUCUGCGUAGGAAUGCCUAAAAAAGUAGUCCUCAUGAAAUUUAAUCCUAGUUUGGCCAUGUUCUGUUUGAGAAAGGAAUUUCCCAGUACAGAGCCAUGUAGUUGUGUAUGUAUAACAGAAUAUACAGCUUUAGUUGGAACAGAAAAAUUUUACUCCAUCAACAUGGAACAUCCUAGUUAUAUGGUUG